UCUGCACCGCAGUCCCAGCAGCAUCCCAUGCCUCCACCUCUCCUCCAUCUACGCGUCCGUCCAUCGGUGCAGUGAAGCGGGACAAGAUGCUGGAGAACGGCAGGAAGGUGUUCAAGGAGGGUCUCCUGGAGAAGCGGAGCGACGGGCUGCUGCAGCUCUGGAAGAAGAAGCACUGCGUCCUGACCGAGGACGGCGUGCUGCUGCUGCCGCCCAAGCAGCACGACCACCCGCAGCACCACCAGCCGCACCACGGCGGCGGGGACACGGGCAAAGUCAAGGAGCUGCACUUCGCCACCAUGAAGACGGUGGACUGCGUGGAGCGCAAGGGCAAGUACGUCUACUUCACCGUGGUCAUGAUGGAGGGAAAGGAGAUCGACUUCAGGUGCCCGCAGGACGAGGGCUGGAACGCGGAGAUCACCCUGCAGAUGGUUCAGUACAAGAACCGCCAGGCGAUCCUGGCCGUCAAGUCCACCCGGCAGAAGCAGCAGCUGCUCGUCGUGCAGAUGCCCGGACAGAAGACGGUCCGGGGCACGCUAAACGUGGCGUGACCUGCGGCGAGACCCGGGGACACUGGUGCGCCAUUGUUGGUUAAUUGGACGCUGAGCCGGAGGAGGAAUAUUGACCCGGGCUGCAUCUCCCCCCCUUGCUCCACUCUCCAGGAGAACCCCUCUUCCAUGUAGUGGUUGCCCAGGAGCAGAGCCCCCCCCCCCUUCCACUCAGAGACUUCUUUCACAAAAGACUGAUGGACAAAAAGCAUGUGAGAAAACAACUGUAUUCUACCGUGCAAUGGGUAUAUCCCUUUAUUUAUUAGUUGUGUAUAUAUAUAUAUAUAUAUAUCUUUUCUAUGAAAUGUUACGUUGUUGAUGAAUGUUCGGUGUGGUUGUUGCUGGAGUGGAACAGGAAAUACUCCCUCGGAGGUUCACGGCUGACUAGUCACUCAACAGUCCACUGGGAAGAAGCUUUCAUCCGAGUUCGGGGGGUCGCUGUACGUUAGUCGGAUCCCUUCAUGAUCGGUAAAAAUGUGUCAUUGUCCAUGGUUUCAUUUUUAAACUGAACCAAAGAAUCAUUUCAUUAAGUUAAAUCUCUCUUGUCCAGUUGUACACCUUAGAAUAUACAAAAGUAAAAUACUCUGGAUUCUGUAUAUGAUGAGAUACCUGCUCGAUCGAUACAUCAUGUGUGUUAAGUGCUUGGUUUAUUAAUUGCUACAUUGUGCACAUCACUUAUUUUCCAACAUUUUGUUUGGCUGCAUUCAUUUCUUCAAAAGUUGUGUCUUGUUUUCUUGUGAGUCUUAAAUCAGAGAAGAGUUUAGCAGGAGUCAGUAACAUGCCCAAUGGAGCUUUCUUUGUAUUGACAGUUUUCAGGAGCUGCUGGUUGCAUUAACGCCGAGUGGAUGGGAUCAAAUAAGAAGUUCUGCUGGAAGGUAACAUUAGACCUGUGUUAAAUAAAAAAGGAAACAAAACAUUUCAAGGUGGACAAAUGAGGAAAUCGACAUUUUUGAAUUACUGUCAAUUUAUGGCAAAACAGGAAGAAUAGUCGUAGCUUAUUGGCUAGUUUGAUCACAAAGUUAUCUCACUGAAGGCACAUACUACACUCUUUUGUCGGCCUUAAAUGAAAAUUUUGGAAUUUUUCAAACCUGAGCCCUAAUGCUGUGUUCCGUUAUACAUCGGAUCUCGGAAUUGCCGACCCCUGAUCGGAAGCUCAACUCAUAAUGUCGAAUGAAUCUCACCACCCCCAACUUUAAAAACCAAGAUAGCCUCUCCGCGUAUCAACAAUCGUGACAGCUGCAGUUGUUACUAUUUAUUAGCACUUCAGUCAAUACAUGUGUCAUACACAUAGUACUGUCCAAUUACUGUCUGUGGACAUGUUACCACGGUGCUAAUAUGUGUGAAAUGCAGCGUAAUGUGUUAUCACAAACUGGUUUUGCUAACAAUGGCCAUAAACGUUGUUCCCAGGGCCGAGCUCCGAGGUCUAAUGGAACGUAGCAUUUGUUGAUAUAAGUGAGUGGGUAAAUACAUUUGCAAAAAAACCUUUGGGAUUGGUCAAGUAGAUCGCCUCCGGUGGCAGCCAUGACACAACGACAGUGGCUACAAUGAGGCUACAAUGUAAUCCUAUGGGGCAACAAUGACAGUUGGGCUAAAAGGUCUACAAGUGCACUAAGGUUUUUUCACUAUGUCAGGGCUGCCUGUGUUUUGGAUAAUUAAAAGUCAAUGACGGCUAAAAGCAUUCUGAGGAAUUCUAUUUUCUAAUAGAUACAAUAAACAUUGGGCAGGAGAGUUUUAAAUGCAAAAUCAUAUUUUUUGUAAGGUAACUAAUUGUUGAUUGUCUAAUACCUUUAAUACAAUGGAUUUAGAAUUUUGAGUUGAAUUGGUACCUGGCGAUUAAGCUUCCCAACUAGAUCAUUUUGACUGAAACAGAUUCUUUGGCUCAGUCCACUGACUUUUAUUGCAACCAGUCAGAUGAUUCCUGUCUGUAGCAGCUCUGCAACCGAGAAACGGUCAUACAACCAUCUCACCUAAUCUGCGAGCUAUAGAUUUUAAGUAUGAGAAAAUACCGGAGUAUGUACGUGUGUGGUGAUACACAGGGCAACAUUAAGUGGGACGUGACAGGUAACCAUAUUGUGGGAUGUCUCUCUGUCAGGAACCGUUUUAUUUCACUGUGGCUCAUGUUGCUUCCUGUCUGCUGGAGGUGUUUCCCACUGCUCUCUCCUCUACCCAGUGCAUCACCGCCGCCAAACCAGCACAUGCCUCUGUGCUGCUGUCAUCUCACACACUGGGCAAUGGCUGUGCCCUGUGUCUAAUGCCACUGAUGAGAUGCAUCUCUCCGACAUACCUUCCUGUUGCCAUCAUUACACACCGUUAUAGCUGCGCCCUUUGUAGCCACUGUCCAAAUUUCUUAUUUCAACGUGAGAUCUAUUUUCAUACCUUGAAAAGAUACAGUACAUUCCAUUA